CAGUCGCUUUUUCGCCGCGAGUCAGUGACGACGACGACGACCCGCCAACACACACGCACACACAACAACACGCGCGCGCGCGCACACGGAGGAUAAAACGCGGUGCAUAUAGCGCACCGUCUCGCCGACACACUACUCGUCUGUUGUCCGCCGCGGUCCGUGCACACGUCGUAUGCGCACGCCGGCGACGUUGAACGUAUGCGUCUUAUGCGUGUGGUGCCCACAACACGACGACACAUCACACGAUAUAGUAUUGCGUACGCGCGAUAACGUCGUCGCAUAUCGCUCAGGUAAAAACGCACGCGUGUCUCUGCGCACUUGUUGUCAGGCAGACGCCGCGAUCGCAAUCCGACGCGCCUUCUAAAUGGACGUGCUCAGACACGAGAAGUAUCUGGCACUAUUGAUACUAAUUAUAUCAUUUAACAUCUCCGCAUCAUUGAGCAGACAGCAUCACCUCCGACAUGGCCGACACAAAAGACAACAAUGGAACAAUACGUUUAGCAGCUCCGGAUUCAUACCAGAAUAUCAUGUUUAUCUGGACGGCAGUACCUCGGAGAGUGGUGAAUGGAGUCCGUGGUCUGACGAUAGUCAAUGUUCCCGUAGUUGUGGUGGAGGAGUAGCGUUUCAAACCAGGAGAUGUCUGACAUUCAGAGAAGACGGUUCCGAAGAUUGCACAGGAUCAUCGAAAAGAUAUUAUUCCUGUAACAUUCAAGAAUGUCCCAAAAAAAGUCUGGAUUUCCGACUGGAGCAAUGUGCUGCAUUUAACCAUGUACCAUUUGAAGGAUUGACAUACGAAUGGGUACCUUACACCAAAGCUCCAAACAAAUGUGAACUGAAUUGUAUGCCGAAAGGAGAACGAUUUUAUUACAGACAUAGAAAUAAAGUAAUCGAUGGUACCACGUGUGAUGAAGAAAAAUUAGACGUUUGCGUCGAUGGAAAAUGUUUGUCCGUAGGAUGUGAUAAUCUAUUGGGUUCACCGGUAAGAGAAGAUCGUUGCCGUAACUGUGGAGGAGACGGUUCCAACUGCAAUACCGUUCAAGGUAUUUUGGACAUGAACGAUUUACAAUACGGGUAUACGGAUAUACUUCUGAUUCCGGCAGGUGCUACUAACAUAAGAGUAAGGGAAAUUCAGCCGUCUAAUAAUUAUUUAGCAAUUAGAAACAUUUCUGGACACUACUACCUUAAUGGUAAUUGGAAGAUAGAUUAUCCUAGAAGCCUGAAAAUCUGCAAUUCCGUUUUUCAUUAUGAGAGGAAGAAGCGAGCACUUUACACACCCGAAAUAAUUACAGCUUUAGGACCAAUUUCAGAAGCAAUUUAUAUCGUGUUACUGUAUCAAGAAGUUAACCCCGGAAUUGAAUACGAGUAUAGUAUUCCAACUAGUGCCGCAAAACUAACAUUAUCCAGAGGAUACAAUUGGAUGUAUAAUGAGUUCACUGAAUGUAACACGACUUGCGGCGGAGGUGUAAGAACUCGAAACGUUUGGUGUGCUCAAAAGAAUGACUCUAUGCCUGCACCCGCAGAACUUUGUGACCCAGGUUUGGAACCAUUAAAAUCACAAUCAUGUUCAAUGGAACCAUGUCCACCUAAAUGGGCACCAGCUAAUUGGACAAUAUGUACACAUAAAUGUGGAACAAACGGAACACAGACUAGAGAAGUUGGUUGUGUGCGAAGAAUCAAUGGUGUUGAUGUUCCUGUAGAUAAUAACUACUGUAACCAGUACGAUGGCACUAAGCCAGCCACUGUACAACCAUGCAAUAUAGGGCUAGAAUGCCCAUUAUGGCACACUGAUCCUUGGAAACCUUGCAAUCAACUGUGUGGAGCAGGUAAACAAACUAGAAAAGUUAGUUGUUACAGAAAAGUGGAUAAGAAGAUUAUUAUAUUAAAUGAUGACGAAUGUGACUCUGAAAAACCAAGUACGGAAAAAACAUGUAAUCUGCGUCCAUGUGAGGGUGUGGAUUGGGUGACAUCUGCGUGGUCAGGAUGUGGUGACUGUAAUUUGGAUUUCGAAACUAGACAAGUGAUUUGUGCAAAUGCUAAAGGAAAAUUAUAUGAUAACAAAUUUUGUAAAAAAUCAAAAUACCCAGAGACUGUAAGAAAUUGUACACCUUCAGAUGCAUGCGAAUAUCAGUGGUAUGCCACUCAAUGGAGUGAGUGCUCAUCAAAAUGCAGUACUGGAAAACAAAUCAGAAAAGUUUUUUGUGGAUCUUUAGUCGGUGAAUCGAUAAAAAAAGUUGAUAGUGCAAAAUGCGAUCCAAGCAAAAAAUACGAAGAUACUAAAAAUUGUACUGGUAAAGAAACAUGUAAAGGAGAAUGGUUUUCAGGCCCUUGGACUGCGUGUUCAAAACCUUGUGGUUCUGGAGAAAAAAGUAGGAAGGUAUUUUGUAUGGUUGGAAACUCUACUGUGGAUGCUAGUCAGUGUAAACCUGAAACACUUCUAUACUCUAGUGAUGAAUGUAAUAAACAUCCUUGUGGUGAAGAUCAAAUUAUGCCUGUUGAGUCUAAGAAACCAAUCACGGAAGAAGAUACGCUCGAAGAAGAAGAAUGUGAAGAUGAAAUGAUAACUGUUACUCCAUUUGCAAGUGAACCUGAUUAUGAAGCUUCAACAUCGUCCUACACACAAUCAUCUAAUGAUGUUAUGAUUAGUACAGAUUUUAAUAGUACAAUGAAAUCCGAAGAUUCCGAUAUAGUUACUACAGAUUCAAUGAGUACUGAAAAGGAAAGCACUACUACUACUUCUCCAACCAAACGAAAAAAGAGACAAGCUAUCUUAGAUUCUCAGAUAAAAUUUUCUAAACCUACUGAUGUUGAGUCCUCGACUUUAGAGUCUUCGACUAUAAUUUCAACAACGGAUAUGUCAACCACUGAUAUAUCAACCACAGAUGUUUCAACAACAGAUUAUACAACUACUGACAUGUCAACAACUAUUGAUGUUUCUUCGACGGCUGACAUUGGUUCAACAGUUUCUUCAGCAUUGCCGUCCACAUCACCUGAACCAACAACAAUCACAUCUCAGAGUGAAACAAUGACAAGUAAUAUGUCAACUUCAGUAGAUAUUUCAUCAUCUACAGCUGAUUCCAGUACCGAAAGUAGUGAUAAAACUACUCCUAUGGAGUUAACAACUGUUGCAAUAUCUUCCACUGACACAGAAAGCACUAUUGUAACUGAUUCAAUAACUGAAACAAGUACUGAUGCAAUGUCCACAACAGAUAUUACAUCAACCAUUAAUUUAUCAUCGAGCAGUGAACCAUCUACGUCCCUUUCGUCAUUAGAAACAAUCGCAUCGUCAACUGAGAUGUCAGUUAGCACUUCUGACUAUACCAGCGAAACAUCUGUAGUUAUGACAACAUUCACUGCAGUGACAGAUUCAACUAAAAAAACUAGUAAGAUGAAGAAUCCAUUGAUUGAAGCUUCAAAUAAGAGCAAACGUAUUUGUAAGAAAAAAAAGAAAUUGCCUGGUUGUCAAACAUCAGAAUUUGGAUGUUGUUUUGAUGAAAAAACGCCUGCUAAAGGACCAUUUAGUGCUGGUUGUCCGGAUGUACAUACCUGCAAAGAUACAGAAUAUAACUGUUGUUCGGAUGGCGUAACUCCUGCAACCGGUCCUAAAAAUGAAGGAUGUCCUCCUUCGAUGUGCAAUGCUACGUUAUACGGUUGCUGUUCAGAUGGCUUUAGUAUUUCACUAGGAAAUGAUUUCGAAGGAUGUCCUGUUGAAUUACCUGUCUUGACAACAACUUUGGCAUCUGAUCUCGGAUGCAAGAAUACACAAUUUGGUUGCUGUCCAAAUGGAAUUACUCCUGCUUCAGGACCAAGUUUCCAAGGGUGUUAUAAUUGUGUUGAAGGAUCAGGAGAAUGUGAUUCGUGCUUGGAAACGACAUAUGGUUGUUGUGCAGAUAAUAUUACCGCAGCUACAGGACCAAAUAUGGCUGGUUGCCAAGAUAAUUUGACGACUGAUGAUUUUAUUUUCGUAACAUCGACUUCAGAACAACCAACUGACUCAUGUCAAUUAUCAGAAUUUGGAUGUUGUCCUGAUGGAGUAUCAUCAGCAUCUGGGUUCAACCUUGAAGGGUGUGAAGGUGUUGACUUCGAUAACUGCACUUAUAAUGAAAACAAUACAGAAUGUUUACCUGCAUGUGCUAAAGAUCAAUUUGGAUGUUGUGAUGAUAAUAUUACUGCUGCACAUGGACCAAAUAAAGAAGGUUGUUGUUUAAGUUCUCAGUAUGGCUGUUGUCCAGACAAUAUAGUACCAGCUAAUGGACCUAGUCUACAAGGUUGUGGAUGUAUUUACACGCCAUUUGGAUGUUGCCCAGACAAUACUACAACUGCUAGAGGACCAAAUAACGUUGGCUGUAGUUGCCAAUACACCGAACAUAAAUGUUGUCCAGAUAAUUUCACACCAGCUUCAGGUCCUCAGUAUGAAGGUUGUGCGUGUCAUACAUACCAGUUUGGUUGCUGUCCUGAUGGUAUUACUAAAGCGCUUGGUCCAAAUUCACAAGGGUGUGGUUGUGAAUAUACUCAAUAUGGAUGUUGCGGUGAUAAAAAUACACCAGCUCCAGAUGAGACUAAAAAUUGCAGUUGCGAGGCAUCUAAGUAUGGAUGUUGUUUAGAUGGUAUAACUGAGUCUCAAGGGGAAAAUUUCGAAGGAUGUCAAUCUAAACCCAUUCUACCCGGAGAUAGAUGCAAAGAACCCAAAGAUCGAGGUACCUGUUCAGACUUCACUGUUAAAUGGUUCUUUGAUACCGAGUAUGGUGGUUGUUCAAGAUUUUGGUAUGGAGGAUGUAAUGGAAAUAACAAUCGUUUCAAAACACAAGAAGAAUGUAAAGAUAUAUGUGUUGAACCAUCUGGUCGAGAUGUAUGUUACUUGCCAAAAAGCGUGGGUCCGUGUGAAGGAUAUUACCCUACUUGGUACUACGAUCAAGAACGAAAACAAUGUGCACAAUUUGUUUAUGGUGGAUGUCUUGGUAAUAAUAACAAAUUCCAAACACGUGAAGAAUGUGAACACCUUUGUGUUGUUCCUGAUACUUUGGACCCUUGUGAACAACCACUUACACCUGGACCUUGUAAAGGUAACUACUCACGUUGGUACUAUGAUAAAUCAACACGUACUUGUUCGCCAUUUAAUUAUGGUGGUUGUAAAGGAAAUCAAAAUAAUUUCUUGAAUAAAGAAUCAUGCAAUCAUAAAUGCAUAAACCCACUCAAAACCCAAGAAGGACUAGACGAAGAUGUUUGCAAACUACUAAAGGACUCUGGUCCAUGUGAGGGUACUAAAAUCUAUUGGUAUUAUAAUCAUGAAAAAAUGAAAUGUAGGAAAUUCGUGUAUGGAGGUUGUGGUGGAAAUAAAAAUAGGUUUCAAUCACAAUCGGAAUGUAUAACGAAAUGUUAUUCAGAGUUAUUAAUUAAAGAACUUGAUACAUGUAAAUUACCUGCUCUUGUUGGUGAAUGUCAUAACUACGUAAAUCGUUGGUACUUUAACUCUUUGGAUGGUCGUUGUAAACAAUUUUACUAUGGUGGUUGUGGUGGAAAUGAAAAUAAUUUCGAAACAGAAUAUAGUUGUGAAAGUAAAUGCAUCGAUUCUAGUCACAUUACAACCUUAGCACCACCUCAGUUUUCAAAAGACAAAUGCUUCUUAUCCCAAGACCGCGGUAACUGUAGUAAUAUGUCUUCUAAAUAUUUCUAUGAUAGACAAGACGGUGUCUGCAAACAAUUCAUGUACGGUGGUUGCGGAGGUAAUGAAAACCGCUUCGAUUCUAAACAAGAAUGUGAGCGACAGUGUUUCGAUGCACAAGACCUAUGUCAAUUGCCAAAAGUAGAGGGACCGUGCAGAGGAGAUUUCAGACAAUGGUAUUACGAUAAAAAUAGCGAUAGAUGUUUCCAAUUCCGUUAUGGAGGAUGUCAAGGAAACACUAACCGUUUUAAUGAUCGACAAUCGUGUGAAACACGUUGCGUACAAAAUGUUGUAACAACAGUUGCUUCGCCAAUAAUAGCUCCAACACGACCAAGUGACGUUUGUCUAAUUCCACUCGACCCUGGUCCUUGUCUUCAAACCAUUGAUAUGUGGUAUUUCAAAACAUCCUCAAGACAAUGUGAAUCUUUUUCUUAUAGUGGUUGUGAAGGAAAUGCUAAUAAAUUUCAAUCGGUUGAAGAAUGCGAAAGAAUUUGCUACCCGUAUAUUGAUCCAAAUGCAAAUAAAAUUGAACCGGAAACACGACUUACAAAACCAGAAGAACCACAAAUAUCCACAGACAUUUGUGAAGCAGGAAAAUUACGUUGCAAACAACUAUCUGAGGAAGCAACAAGAUGUCCGUACGGACUUGAACAUUGGGUUAAUUCUGUCGGUUGUGAAGACUGCCGAUGUUAUAAUCCUUGUUUGCCAGGACCAGAUCAGAAAUCGGUUUGCCCGGCAGAUUAUCAAUGUAUAGUAGACGUAAUUACAUCAGAUAACGGAGACUCGAAAUAUAAAGCUACGUGUAGACCAGUGUUCAAGCCAGGAGAAUGUCCUCAGCUUGCCGUCUACCAAAGUGACUGCGCCGAACAAUGUAGAACAGAUGCUGAUUGUGUGGGAGAUGACAAAUGUUGUUACAACGGUUGUGGUACUUUCUGUUUGCGUCCACAGCAAUCUACCUCAACGACGACUUCGUCGACAACCACUGCGAUUACACAAGAAAAAGAAUCACCCCCAAAAAUCGUCACAGUCGAUACAAACGUGGAGGCCGACGAAGGCAAUUAUGCCACUCUUAGAUGCAUAGUCAUCGGUAACCCUACACCGACGAUCGUUUGGCAGAAGAACACCACACUGAUCGACGGAUCGGGUGGUCAUUACAAACUGUUUGCCGACGGCACGCUACAAAUCGUUGGACUAUACAAAUACGAUUCGGGACUGUACAUUUGUAUGGCUAGCAACGGUAUCGGUGAACCAAUCAGAAAAGAGGUUUACUUAACGGUCAAAGACCCAAUCCCACGACCCGCAAACGUUAUUGGCGAGGAGAGCACUGCCGUGAUCGUUACACUCAACAACCCCACCGUGCUGCAGUGUUACGCAGUCGGUUGGCCACGACCGAUCGUUACUUGGUGGCGAGCCGACCGGAUGUUGCCGAUGACAUCCGAGACGUUCGAACAGCGGGACGACCAUUCGCUGUACAUCCGGUUGGUAACGAUCAACGUACUCGGCCCGUAUACGUGUCAAGUAUAUAACGGAAUCGGCCGGGCGUCGUCGUGGAGCGUUACGCUCCAGGCGCACGGCACUUCCGCCGACUAUCCGUACAACCCUUACCUGGUGCCACCGCCCAGGCACCCAAGCACCGGUGACGUGAUCCGACUCAAGCCGGUAGUCGUCAAGCUCACCAGGCCGCCACCCAUCUACAGAACGAUCACCCCGCAACACACCGACGUCGAGACCACACAGCCGACCCAACAAAAGGUCUUUACUGUACCCGUACAAGUUAAUAUAUCUUUACCAGCCACAACGAUCGCAGUCGGUUCAGACUUGACAAUUCCUUGUUCGGUGGACGGUUAUCCGAUACCCACCGUGACCUGGUACAAAGACGGGCAAGUACUGCGGAACAAUGAGCGGACUCAGGCGACCGAAAACAAGUUGGUCGUCGUCCGUACGAACGCUUCGGAUUCGGGUUCUUACAAAUGUGAAGCGUACAACUCUUACAGCUCCGACGAAAAAACCGUAAACAUCACAAUAGAAGGCGUGUACAUUCAUCCGAACUGCACGGACAGCCGGUUUUUCGCCAAUUGUUCUCUGAUUGUGAAGGGAUCUUACUGUAAUCAUCCGUACUACAAGAAGUUCUGCUGCGAGUCGUGCACGCGAGCCGGUCUGUUGCCGACCAAUGACUAUCCGACCAACUAUUCGUACAUCAGCGGUUCAAUCAGACGGUUCAGAAGAGAUCUAGUCAACAAACUCCAAAGUUUGAACUUAUUCUGAGCGGGGCGCAACGGCCGAUCGGCGUUGCAUUUUAGUCAUAAAUACAAAAUUAAAAUAUUAUUAUAAAUUAUAAGAGAAAAAAAAAAUAAUACAGUUUUAGAUAAUAUCGCUACA